UUAAAUUAAUAACUCGAUGAGUCCCGGAACUUUCUGGAAAGAGCCUUUUGGACCCAGCCCGCUUCUGGCAGAGCUGACCAUUUCCAUCAGGCUAGCGUGCUCAUUCCCAACAUCACCCCCCCGGGGCGGGGGCGGGGGGGGAACCCCUUUCCUAGGGGAGUGGAAACCCGGUUCUCAGUGCUCUGCGGGGGCUGGACCCGGGCUGAGAACACGCUGAAGGAGAAAGGGGGAGAGAGAAAACCUGCUAACUUGGGCUGCCUGCGCGGUGGGAAGGCAGCGGUGGGCAGGGCUCUGGGAAGUGACGCUGCUGCUGGGUAUGUUGUGAAACCCUAUCCAGCUUUAGCAGAGCCGGGAUUUCGCUCACAGCUGCGGGUAGAUUGCGCUGCCCCUUGAAAUUAACCAGAGCUGGUCAGUUGUUCCCAGGCAGCAGCCGCGCAGGGGAGCCAGACCAAAAAAACAAGCAACGCCCUUGGGUCCAUUGCAAAUCGGCUCCUGCCCAGAGAUGGAUGUGGCCGUGGAUCUGUACCUGGCGGUCCCGCUGCUGUUCACGGUCCUGGCUGUGAUCCUGGCUUCGGUCUUUGUGAAGCUGAGAGCGGCUGACGGGGACAAAGCUGCCGAGCCAGCCAAGGGGGAAGGGUCCCAGGGCAAGGAGGCAGGGGCCAGCGCGGCAGCCGAGCCGGGGGAGGAAAGGAAGGAUGGCGAGGGGGAAGGGAAGGAGGGAGACGCGCUGAAGGAGGAGGGGAUCCCGAGGGGGGAGAAGGGCGAGGAAGGAGCGAAGGACGAGGGGAGAAGGAUCGUGGUGGAGGAGAUUGGGGCUGAAGAGGGGAAGGCGAAGAGAGCCGCGGAGAACGAAGAGCCGCGGCCCGAGGAGGAGGCGGUGGUGGUGGUAGCAAGGACUGCAAAAGCGGACCAGCAGGGUCACCCUCAGGAGAUGAACGUCCCCCGCCAGGCUGCUGAGGCGGUGGAGGAGGAAGAAGAAGAGGAGGAGGAGGAGGAGGAGAGCAAGGAGGAAGAUCAAGCCUGGGAAAAAGAGAGACUGGUGGUGAAGGAACCAGAGCUGGACGAUGCGGACGAGCAGAUCUCCUUUAAAUACAGCCCCGGAAAGCUGAGGGGGAACCAGUAUAAGACAAUGAUGACCAAAGAAGAACUCGAGGAGGAGCAAAGGGUUCAGAGAGAGCAGCUGACUGCCAUCUUCAGGCUCAUGAAGGAAAACAGUGAGACAUUUGGAGAGAUGACGGAAGGAGACAUGAAGGAGCAGCUUAAACUUUAUGACAUGUAGGCUCACAGCCAUUACAGUCUAUGGCCUGCCAGCUGCCUCAGCCCUUAUCAUAUGAGACACUGGAGACUAGUGCUAUAAAACUGUCACUAAAUGCAUAAUCAGUUUCAUAUUUUGGAUGGUUUGCAAAAAUGAAUAGGCCUCUUUCAAAUAUUUCAAAGACUUGUAAUUUCUAUCUUUACUGGUUUUCCUAAAGGAGCUAUUGCUGUAUUUUCAUCUCAUGCAGAGAUAUUUCAACUCUUUCUGACCAGUUAGUAAGAGUCAGACCAUACAGCAUGGUGAAAUCUGUAACUGUAUUCUGAGUAUGCUUUGUAAGUAUGUAUUUCUUCACUCUGAUCCUCCAUCAUCUUGGUGUCUGAAGGAAUCAGAGUAAAGUAAAACAGCAGCGGCUGCACACUCUAACGUGGAUAAAAUGGGAGGUUACCCCUUUUAGGGUAUAUCUGCACUGCAGCUGAGAGUGUGUUUCCCAGUGUUCAUAGACAGACACACACAGGAGCUUGAGCCAUUGUGGUACAGGAAGCAGCUUGGGCUAGCCACACAAGUACAAUCAUGUUCAACCCCCUGUGUACAUACUCGGGCAGCUAGACGGAGCCGCUGCCCAGGCCACCACAGCCACGCUGCUAUUCUUGGUGCACUGGUUCAAGCAGAGCUAGCACGUGUCUGUUUUCCCACGGUGGAGAAUAUGCUCCCAAAUGCAGCAUAUAUGGUCAGUCAGGAUCAUGCCUAUCGAUUAUUCAGACAGUAUAGGGCUGAUGUCAGAUGAUUCAUUAAAGUUUUUUGGCUGGAAACCAGUGAUUCUGAAGGAGGAUAAAGCUGCCAGGCACAGUAUGUGAAUAACUUCUGUAAGUGCAUUUUUGCUGUCACCCAGACCAACUAUCUGCUUAUGGGCAUAGUCUGCAUCUAUAAUCACCAUCGAAACCUACGUGGAACAGAAUGUUCAGUCAAGCUAUGUUUCAUGCAAAUAACUUUUCCAUUUCAGUUUGGGAAAUUUCAUUCCCCCCACCCCCAAUUUUGCUUCUCCAUAAAAGUAUGGGGCAACUGCUGUUUUUCUCAUUGCAUUAUGCAGCAGCAGAAAAUGCCACUUCCAUUGGAAUUUUUGAGUGGAAGCAAGACAGUGGCCAUCUUUGAAAAUGAUCUUUGGACAGAGGCAAGAGGAUGGGAAGCACAGUGAGAAACUGAUUUACAUCUAUGUCAUAGUCCUUUGUGAAACAGAGGGUAUGUCUACACUACGGAAUAAGGUCGAAUUUAUAGAAGUCGGUUUUUUAGAAAUCGGUUUUAUAUAUUCGAGUGUGUGUGUCCCCACAGAAAAUGCUCUAAGUGCAGUAACUCGGCGGAGUGCUUCCACAAUACCGAGGCUAGCGUCGACUUCCGGAGUGUUGCACUGUGGGUAGCUAUCCCACAGUUCCUGCAGUCUCCGCUGCCCAUUGGAAUUCUGGGUUGAGAUCCCAAUACCUGAUGGGGCUAAAACAUUGUCGCGGGUGGUUCUGGAUACAUAUCGUCAGGCCCCCCUUCCCUCUCUCCCUCCGUGAAAGCAAGGGCAGACAAUCGUUUCGCGCCUUUUUUCCUGAGUUACCUGUGCAGACGCCAUACCACGGCAAGCAUGGAGCCCGCUCAGGUAACCGUCACCGUAUGUCUCCUGGGUGCUGGCAGACGCGGUAUGGCAUUGCUACACAGUAGCAGCAACCCAUUGCCUUCUGGCAGCAGACGGUGCAGUACGACUGGUAGCCGUCCUCGUCGUGUCCGAGGUGCUCCUGGCCACAUCGGCUGGGAGCGCCUGGGCAGACAUGGGCGCAGGGACUAAAUUUGGAGUGGCUUGACCAGAUAAUUCUCUUUAGUCCUGCAGUCAGUCCUAUUGAACCGUCUUUUGGUGAGCAGGCAGGCGAUACGGAUUGCUAGCAGUCGUACUGUACCAUCUUCUGCCGGGCAGGCAAGAGAUGAGGAUGGCUAGCAGUCGUAUUGUACCAUCUUCUGCCGAGCAGCCAUGAGAUGUGGAUGGCAUGCAGUCCUUCUGCACCGUCUGCUGCCAGCCAAAGAUGUAAAAGAUAGAUGGAGUGGAUCAAAACAAGAAAUAGACCAGAUUUGUUUUGUACUCAUUUGCUUCCCCCCCUCCCCUGUCUAGGGGACUCAUUCCUCUAGGUCACACUGCAGUCACUCACAGAGAAGGUGCAGCGAGGUAAAUCUAGCCAUGUAUCAAUCAGAGGCCAGGCUAACCUCCUUGUUCCAAUAAGAACAAUAACUUAGGUGCACCAUUUCUUAUUGGAACCCUCCGUGAAGUCCUGCCUGAAAUACUCCUUGAUGUAAAGCCACCCCCUUUGUUGAUUUUAGCUCCCUGAAGCCAACCCUGUAAGCCGUGUCGUCAGUCGCCCCUCCCUCCGUCAGAGCAACGGCAGACAAUCGUUCCGCGCCUUUUUUCUGUGCGGACGCCAUAUCAAGGCAAGCAUGGAGGCCGCUCAGCUCACUUUGGCAAUUAGGAGCACAUUAAACACCACACGCAUUAUCCAGCAGUAUAUGCAGCACCAGAACCUGGCAGAGAGAUACCGGGCGAGGAGGCGACAUCAGUGCGGUCACGUGAGUGAUCAGGACAUGGACACAGAUUUCUCUGAAAGCAUGGGCCCUGCCAAUGCAUGCAUCAUGGUGCUAAUGGGGCAGGUUCAUGCUGUGGAACGCCGAUUCUGGGCUCGGGAAACAAGCACAGACUGGUGGGACCGCAUAGUGUUGCAGGUCUGGGACGAUUCCCAGUGGCUGCGAAACUUUCGCAUGCGUAAGGGCACUUUCAUGGAACCUUGUGACUUGCUUUCCCCUGCCCUGAAGCGCAUGAAUACCAAGAUGAGAGCAGCCCUCACAGUUGAGAAGCGAGUGGCGAUAGCCCUGUGGAAGCUUGCAACGCCAGACAGCUACCGGUCAGUUGGGAAUCAAUUUGGAGUGGGCAAAUCUACUGUUGGGGCUGCUGUGAUGCAAGUAGCCCACGCAAUCAAAGAUCUGCUGAUAUCAGAGGUAGUGACCCUGGGAAAUGUGCAGGUCAUAGUGGAUGGCUUUGCUGCAAUGGGAUUCCCUAACUGUGGUGGGGACAUAGACGGAACCCAUAUCCCUAUCUUGGCACCGGAGCACCAAGCCGCCGAGUACAUAAAUCGCAAGGGUACUUUUCAAUAGUGCUGCAAGCUCUGGUGGAUCACAAGGGACGUUUCACCAACAUCAACGUGGGAUGGCCGGGAAAGGUACAUGACGCUCGCAUCUUCAGGAACUCUGGUCUGUUUCAAAAGCUGCAGGAAGGGACUUUAUUCCCAGACCAGAAAAUAACUGUUGGGGAUGUUGAAAUGCCUAUAUGUAUCCUUGGGGACCCAGCCUACCCCUUAAUGCCAUGGCUCAUGAAGCCGUACACAGGCAGCCUGGACAGUAGUCAGGAGCUGUUCAGUUACAGGCUGAGCAAGUGCAGAAUGGUGGUAGAAUGUGCAUUUGGACGUUUAAAGGCGCGCUGGCGCAGUUUACUGACUCGCUUAGACCUCAGCGAAACCAAUAUUUCCACUGUUAUUACUGCUUGCUGUGUGCUCCACAAUAUCUGUGAGAGUAAGGGGGAGACGUUUAUGGCGGGGUGGGAGGUUGAGGCAAAUCGCCUGGCUGCUGGUUACGCGCAGCCAGACACCAGGGCGGUUAGAAGAGCACAGGAGGGCGCGGUACGCAUCAGAGAAGCUUGGAAAACCAGUUUCAUGACUGGCCAGGCUACGGUGUGAAAGUUCUGUUUGUUUCUCCUUGAUGAAACCCCCCGCCCCUUGGUUCACUCUACUUCCCUGUAAGCUAACCACCCUUCCCUCCUCCCUUCAAUCACUGCUUGCAGAGGCAAUAAAGUCAUUGUUGCUUCACA